UUCCUGUGCAAGAGACUGGCAUCACAGUGCUUUAAUGCCAUUUCAAGCUUCUUACACAGUCAUUUGCGGUGUUCUCUGGGAGAGCUGAGGAGGGACCAAGAGACAUUUUCUGCUAGAUACUGAGCUAUGGCCAGUUUGACAUCGGAAAGACAGGAGUUCUUCAGAAAACACAAGGGGGAGCUAGAGAUCCGUCUCGGUAUCCUUGCACCUCUUCUGAUCGACCUGGAGGAUGGCGGGGUCCUCUCUCGUCUGGAGAGGGAAGAGGUGCAAUGCCAAUCAACCAGCCAGAGAAAGAACUUUGCCCUCAUAACCAUGCUGGAGAAGAAAGGAGGUGUGGCCCAAGAGAAGCUUUAUGAGGCUCUUAAGAAGCAUAACCCUCUUCUGCUGGAGGAUCUUCGGCGCUCAGCAAUGAGCCCAGCAGUGCCUCAGCCCCAGCAGAGGGGAGAUGCUUCACGGACAGUUACAAAAUCAUCACUUAAACGGAAGCUUCAGGCCCAUCUGAAAAACAGGUUUUCAACAUUACAUCAAAAUUCUAAAAAGUACAGCGUGCAAGACAUGUACACUGAGCUUUACAUCAUAAAGGGUUGUACCGGGGGAGUCAACAGUGAUCACGAAGUGGCAGCAAUUGACAUGAGACAAAUUGGGGCUAGACCAAGCUCUAAAGAUGAACAAGUCAAGAUGGCAGACAUAUUCACAGCCAACUCUGCUGCAAAAGUUUUGACUUUGGGAAUUGCUGGUGUGGGGAAAACUGUUGCAGUGCAAAAGUUUGUCAUGGACUGGGCUGAGGGAAAAAACAAUCAAGAUAUAGACUUUGUUUUUGUUCUUUUGUUUCGAGAGCUGAACUUGAAGAAAGGAGAACAGCGCAGCCUUUUCGAUCUUCUUCUGUCAUUCUACCCUGAUAUCAAAGGCUUGAAAAAUGUCCCUGAAUUCUGUGGAUGCAAAAUUCUCUUUGUCUUUGACGGUUUGGAUGAAAGCAGACUCCAGCUGGACUUCAACGAGUGGAUUUCUAAACCUGACAAACAGUCAUCAGUUGACAUUCUAACAGCAAGUGUCAUUAAAGGUAUGCUACUGUCCUCUGCACACAUCUGGGUUACAACCAGACCAGCAGCGGCCAGUCUGAUCCCAGAGGAGUGCUUCACCCUCUUGACAGAGGUGCAAGGAUUCAACGAUGACCAGAAAAUUUUGUUCUUUCAGAAGAGCAUCACAAAUCCAGAAAAGGCAAAGAGAGUCAUUGCUCAUAUCAAGAAGAACAGAAGCCUCCACAUCCUGUGUCACAUACCAGUAUUCUGCCAUAUCAUGCUGAGUGUGCAAGAUGAAAUACUGAGAGAUGAGAGCAAAGAAGCACCAACCAAAACCUUGACGGAAAUGUACGCACUUUAUAGUGUCUCUCAGAUCCAAAAAAUGAAUGAAAAGUACUUGGACAAGAAGAUGAGUGCUAAAGAAAAAGGGAAGUUCCUGGUUUUACUUGGGAAACUAGCAUACACACAUCUGGAGGACGGCACACUGAUAUUCUAUGAGAAGGACCUGCAAGAGUGUGGUAUUAACGUGAAUUCUGGAGCAUUGCAGGCUGGAGUUUGUACACAGAUAUUCAGUGUUGAGAGUGCUGCAACUGGAGAGAAUAUGUUCAGCUUUGUGCACCUAAGUGUACAGGAAUUCUUAGCAGCUCUUUAUGUUCUUAAUGAAAAGGCAGCUCAGAGGACCAGGAACCCCCUAGGCGAGACAUUGAAGGAGAAGAUCAACUGGCUAUUCAGGCACUCCAUGUUUGAUCUUUACAGAUUUGCUGUUGAAAAAGCCCUGCAAAGCAAGAAUGGACAAUUGGAUCUUUUUGUGCGCUUCCUCCUUGGCCUGGCUCCGCUGUUGAAACCUGGAAUCCGCUCAUCCCUGCAUGUGUUGCUACCACAAUUAUGUGUUAGAGAAGAGCGCAUCAACAAAACAGUUCAAUAUAUCAAAGAGAAGAUCAGGAAGGAAGACAUCUCAUCAGAACGAAUCAUCAACCUUUUCCACUGUUUGAAUGAGCUUGGAGACGAGUCUCUUGUUGAUGAUAUUAACAGGUACAUAAACUCAUCAGAUGAGGAGAACCUGACUCCAGCCCAGUGUUCAGCUCUGGCUUAUAUGCUGCUCAUGUCAGCUGAAGACUUGGAGGAGUUUGAUCUGAAGAAAUACCUGAGAUCAGAGGAAGGGCUCCACAGAAUGCUUCCUGUAGUGAAUGUCACAAAGAGACUUUGGCUAAAUCACUGUCACCUCUCCAAAGUGAGCUGUCAGCUGUUGACACACGUGCUACAAAGGACACCUUCCCAUCUGAGAGAACUGGAUAUGAGUGACAAUGACUUGCAGGAUGAAGGAGUGGAGAUGCUCUGUGUAGGACUACGAGAUCCACAAUGCAAGCUAGAGACACUGAGGCUAAAUCAGUGUCACCUCUCCAAAACAAGCUGUAAAAGCAUGGCAUCAGUGCUGCAAAGGACACCUUUCUAUCUAAGGGAACUGGAUAUGAGUGAUAAUGACCUGCAGGAUGAAGGCAUGGAGCUGCUCUGUGUAGGACUAAGAGAUCCACAAUGCAAGCUGGAGGAACUGAGGCUCUCUGGUUGUCUGAUUACCCAGAGGGGCUGUUCUGCCUUGUCCUCUGCCCUCAAAUCAAACCCCUCCAACCUGAAAAAGCUGGAUCUGAACUACAAUCAUCCAGGAGACUCAGGUGUCAGAGAGCUCACAGACAGAUUGAAUGAUCCCAGCUGUAAAUUAGAGACUUUCAGGAAUGACCAUGGAGGAGAUUGCAGGAUUAAACCAGGACUGAGAAAGUAUGCCUGUGAGCUCACACUGAAUCCAAACACAGCACGCAGAUAUCUCCCUCUCUCUGAGGAGAACAGAAAGGUGACACGUGUGAGGGAGAAGCAGCCGUAUCCUGACCACCCAGAGAGAUUUGACUUCUACCCUCAGGUGCUGUGUAGAGAGGGUCUGUCUGGACGCUGCUACUGGGAGGCUGAGUGGAGUGGUAAUGAGGUUUAUAUAGCAGUGGCAUAUAAAAGCAUCCAGAGGAAAGGGUGGAGUGAUGACAGUGAGUUUGGACAUAAUGACAAGUCCUGGACUUUGAGUUGCUCUGGUAACAGUUACUCUGCCUGGCACAAUAAUAAGGAGACGGCCAUACCUCCCCUCUCCUCCCACUUCAACAGAGUAGGAGUGUACCUGGACUGGCCAACAGGCACGCUGUCCUUCUACAGUGUCUCCUCUGAGACACACACACACCUGCACACGUUCCACUCCACAUUCACUCAGCCCCUCUAUCCUGGGCUUGCCAUUUGGUCUACUGACUCCUCAGUGUCCCUGUGUCUGAUCACAUGACCUCCUAAUCCUCCUGUACUUUGAUGGACAAUAUUGAUCAUUAAAAUAUAAAGACUAUUCUGGGAUGUUUUAAUGAAAAAUAUUUGUGAUUAGCAUGGAAUUAUUAUGUCCUCUGCUAGCAUAGCUAGCACACACACACACACACACACACACAUGUGCGCACACACACACACACACACACACACACAGACUGUUUCAAGGCAUCAGCACAUGGAUAGAAAAAAAACACUCAAGUAGGGAUGAUAUUGGGGAAAACUUAUGAAACAUCUAAGUAUUACAUUGUCUGUCUACAUGAGUAAAUAAGUAAAUAUCCCAUCUGAAGCAUUUUAAAUUCUACUGGGUAGAAUGCAGUCUAUACUGCAAAAGAUAAGUGAUGUCUAUAUGGGAUAGCAUAAUUAAGGUUUUUGUGGCAAACAUACCAAUUUCUACAAAUAUUUCUGUGUAUUUUUUUUUUGCACCGAAUACCCAUGUCUCUUUUAAAUGAUUGCUUGCCUCUCAUUGAAAGCUACUGAUGUUGUUGGACAACUGUAAAACUUUUUUUGAUAUAUCUUGAUUGAGCUGUGUCUGAUGUACUGUCAAACAAUUUAAUUGGACUGGACA